UGUUUUCCGACAAAUUUGCUCGCUCGGCCUCAAGCAAGGAUCAGUCGGGACCUAUUAGUGGUACAGCUAAGUGGCGAAGGAGCUUAGAAUGACUCUCGGAGGAGGAGUCUUCGUCUUGGCGCUCUUUGUUCAUCUGUCAUGGUCACCGUUGCUCGCGACCAAAAUAUCGGGAAAUUGUCCAUCAUUCGGUAGCUCUAUGACCCAGACGGAACUCCUGCAGGAAUUGGCGAACGAGUGCCGCUACGACAAGAUGGUCAGGCCGCCGGGGGUGAUGAACGCCACUGACCCAAUCAAAAUUUACACCAAAGCUUUCAUUUACACGAUCAAAUCUAACAUGGCGAAAACUCUGCAAUUCGACGUGCAUCUGAUGCUGCAAUUCCGAUACCUGGACAAGCGACUCAAGUUCUCGGACAUAGCCCCUUACUUGACGCAAAUAUACGGCGGACAAUCAGCUCAUGACUUGAUCUGGACCCCGACUGUGUACGUCGCGAACGAACGCACCUCGGCCGUGAUGGGGAGCGGUGUGAAAGAUCUGCUGAUCUCCAUCAACCCUCAAGGCAUGGUCAUGUUGAACACAAGGCUAGAAGCCACCAUGAAUUGCGGGCUUCGAUUGGAGAAGUUCCCGUUCGACGUGCAAGAGUGCCCGCUGGUCUUCGAGAGUUGGACCCACAACGUGAACGAGAUGGUGUUGGACUGGGAUGAGGAGCCAAUCGUCAUCGCGAGCAACUUAUACCUGACGGAGUACAAGCUCGUAGGCACGUGGGUCAACAGCUCCGGGAUAUCCUACACGCCGUCGCAAUAUCAUUACGGACAUUUCGCCGGCAAUUUUAGCUCGAUAAAUAUUACAUUUAAACUGGCUCGUGAAAUGGGAUUCUUCAUGAUGGAUUAUUACGUUCCGUCCAUACUAAUUGUGGUGAUCUCUUGGGUGUCCUUUUGGUUGCACGUGGACGCGAGCGCGCCACGAAUAGUCCUGGGAACGAACACUAUCCUGGCGUUCAUGACGCUCGCAUCGAAAGUGGAGAAUUCCUUACCGAAGGUCUCCUAUAUAAAGGCCAGCGAGAUUUGGUUCCUGGGCUGCACUAUAUUUUUAUUUGCAGCGAUGGUCGAGUUCGCCUUCGUUAACACCAUAUAUAGAAGGAAGAAGAACGUACCUCUGAAGAAGGUGAAUAGCAAGUACAUCCUGAAGUCGACUUUGACGCCACGUCUGGCGAGAAAGCAGUUCCAGAAGAAUACAAGCGGACUGGAAAGAUCACGAUCAUGGUCGUCGUUGGAUAACACAAACGGCAGCGAGCAGGACUUCAUAAGCCAGAAUUAUCUCACUGUACAUAGUUUUCCAAGCACCAUCAAUAUCCCCUCUGUGAGAAUAGAAGAGGAUAAGGAUCCUGACUGUUCCGUCGGCAGCAUCACGACCAUCGACAGCACCCCACCGCCCAAGUCGUUCGCACGCAGGCCGACUCUCGCUAAAUUACACAACUUCACGACAAUGACACCGCAGGAGAUCGCUCAGUGGAUCGACAAGCGUAGUAGAAUAGUGUUCCCUGUGUCCUUCAUCAUAUUCAACAUUCUUUAUUGGUCAUUCAUAUGGAUAUAAAAUCAUAUCUGCAAUGCGUAACUCGCGUGAACACGUCGCGCCGAAACUUCAACGACGAAGACGUAAGUACGGAGCACUGACGGAAGAAUAAUAAUCGUACAAAGUAGGAUGGCAAAUAGCGAUAUACAACGUGUCGAUUAUUACCCAUCGGUAUCAUAAUUUAUACAGAAUUCCUCAUAAGGAAGAUCGAGAGAACGAUUACGGUAGGGCGUGUUCGCCCGUGACUUUACGAGAAUGGAUAUUCGAGAAACUACUGUAAGAGACAGACUGAUGUGGAGGUCAUUUUUGGCCGUAUGAUGGAAGGGCGCUGGAUGGACGACACACGCUAUUUUCUUACAGUGAAAAUUCCCAUGCCACAUUACUAGUGUAAUUAAUCGACUGGUAAAGCGAUUUCACGCGGUCUUAAAAUAGCCGUCUUUACAUUCACGAAUCGCUUCUUUUUCUUCAAUCGCGGUACGCUUAUCGAAAGCGAGAGAAAGCUCACUGUUAUAUUAACUCACAUUACGUCAAUACAUAGAACUCUAUCAUAUAGUAUAAUGCAACCUUACACAUACGCACGUAUUUACGCGCAUCACCGUUUAAGUUUGGCAACACAUACGUACACGUACUCAUUGUUAUUUCCGCGAAGAUUCUGCCGAUGCAAUUAAUAAUCUAUAGCGCCUUGGUAUUCGGAGGUCAGAGGUAGCCACUCUUUUUCCAUCAUAUAAUACUUGUUUAAUAUUCUCCAAAUACCGAUCGGCGAUAUCUGAUCGGUUUAAUAUCCGAUCUUUACAUCGGAGAUACGGUUGGAAUUAACAUAAAUCGCACAAAUGAAAGCACAUAGAAUAGUUUAAUGUUAAAACAUGUAAGAUAAGAGUUAUCAUAGAUACGAGAACUCGAGAAAUUGGUUAUAUUCAAAAGGAAACUUCAAGUUGUCUGUAAAUGCUAAAAUUUUGCCAAAUUCAUUACUGUGUCUGUCGCUGUAUGACAGUGAAAGUUUCGCGCUGUAUGAGUCAUCAAUAAACAGGCCGUUCAUACUCUUA